CUUGCAUUAUUAUCAAUUAUGGGCGACAAUUACAACUAACUAUUUUGGUUAAAUAAGAGAAGAGAAUAUACAGGUGAAGACAAUAGAAGAGAAAGACAACAAUGCGCGCGAUUCCAGUUUCCACGCAAGCUUUCCUACUUCCUCAACCACAUUCCUCCCUUUUCUUCUCUCACCCCCCUUUUCAUUUCACACCUUCUCCCAAACCAUGCUCCUUAAACUCCAACUCUAAAAUCACUACUUUCCUGCAUCGCGCUUCCAAACCCAACACAGCCACUUUAAACGCCGACGAUGAAAAUUCUGGCAACUUGUUGGUGACAGAGGACGUUGAAAUUGAAGAAUCACAAUCAUUGAUUGAAGAUGGGGUGUACAUAGAAGUCACCAAGCUGGAGAAGAAUUCACGCAGAAUUGAGUCUAGGAUUUCCAUCGACGCUUCACUCGAUUCCAUUUGGAACAUUUUAACUGAUUAUGAAAGGUUGGCUGAUUUUAUUCCUGGUCUUGCUCUCAGUAAAUUGAUCCAAAAGGGUCCAAAUUUUGCUCGCCUCUUGCAGAUUGGAGAGCAGAACUUGGCAUUUGGGUUAAAAUUUGAUGCUAAAGGAGUUAUAGAUUGUUUUGAGAAAGAAUUGGAGACUCUUCCAUCUGGUACGAAGCGUGACAUAGACUUCAAGAUGAUUGAAGGGGAUUUUCAGCUCUUCAAAGGAAAAUGGUCUAUUUUGCAGACUUUCAGCAAUGGAAGUUGUGAGGACUCUCCGGUUCGAGAAAUUAACACGACACUUUCAUACAUUGUUGAUGUUAAGCCGAAAAUGUGGUUGCCCGUUCGGCUGAUAGAGGGUAGACUUUGCAAUGAGAUAAAAAAGAACCUUAAAUCCGUAAGGGGUGAAGCUCAGAAAGCUACUGACAGAACUGUGAAUGCAAAUCAAUUUGAAUGAGUUAUGUAAAUAAUAUCAUAGAAAAAAUGAAUACAAGUAAAGUUCAUUUGGUGUCAAUUCUCACUUAGGUAAAGCUGCAAGCUUGACCAUAUUCUUCCGCUAAAAUAUCGUCAAGUUCUGGACUGGACCACACUGAUCUUUACUUUGAACAAAGACCCCUUUAGACUCCUUGAGAAAAAGUGAAUACUAUCUACUACCAACUUGUUAUUUUCUGUUACUGGCAACAGUUCUCAA